UCGCCGCGCCGGGCUGCAGGUUUGAGAGCCGCUCUGGAUGGGCUCGCUAGAGUCGUUGUUGUGGAAGCGGUGCAUUUACAGUGCAACAGUCAGCACAUUGAAAAUACCAAUAGGAAUACAAAACAAAGUCACAUUUACUGGUUUAAUUGUAUUGCAUUCAAUUGUAUCCAGGAAACAGCCUCCAACUAUGGACCCGCACGGCGGCCGCCGGUUCCGCGCGCGGCCGCCUGCCGACGAGCCCAGUCCACCGGCGUGCUGACCGGUCCCGCCGCCGCCGCCGCCGGUGACCCGGACGCCACCUCCUCCGCGCCGCCGGCGCGUCGCCCGCGCGCCAAGCCACCCCCGGGCCCCGGCCGCGCUGCUCCCAGGAGGUGGCGGCGGGCCGGGGCCGGGGCCGGGGCCAGGGCCCGGCAUGGAUGGCCGCGACUUCGCGCCGCCGCCGCAUCUGCUGUCGGAGCGCGGGAGCCUGGGCCACCGAAGCGCCGCGGCCGCCGCUCGCCUGGCCCCGGCCGGGCCCGCCGCGCAGCCCGGGGCACACUUCCAGCCCGGAAAGUACUUCCCAUCGCCGCUGCCCAUGGCUUCGCACACAGCCAGCAGCCGCCUGAUGGGGAGCUCCCCGGCCUCCUCGUUCAUGGGCAGCUUCCUCAGUGGUGGCCUGGGCGCAGCGGCCUCCUCGCACCCCAGCGGCCCCACGCCCGCCCCCUCGGAGCAGGCCUACCGCGGCUCCCACCCCGCCCCCUCCCAGCUCUGGUUCUCCCACUCCCACGAAGCUCCAGGGUACCCCAGAUUUUCGGGGAGUCUGGCAUCCACCUUCCUACCCAUGAGCCACUUGGAUCACCAUGGAAACAGCAACGUUCUCUACGGACAGCACCGUUUCUAUGGAACCCAGAAAGAUAACUUCUACCUGCGCAACCUGCCCCCCCAGCCCACGCUGCUGCCCACCAACCACGGCUUCCCCGGCAUGGCGCGGGCCGCCCCCAGCCACCCCGUGGGCUCCUGCAGCCGGGACCGGGGCGAGGCCGCCACGCUGCAGAAGGGCACCAAGGAGUUCGGCCGCUUCCUCAUGGGCAAGGAGCUGGGCAAGGACAAGGCCGGCAAGGCCGCGGAGGGCAAGGAGCGGCCGGCGGCGGAGGAGGACAAGGAGCGGCACAAGCUGGUGCUGCCGCUGCCGGCCGACGGCCCCUGCAAGGAGAGCGCCGCGGCCAGGGGCCCCUGCGAGGGCCGCCCCAAGCACCUGGCCUCCUGCCUCCUCAACGCCAAGGUGCUCAACGGCGAGAUGGGCACGGCCACGCUGGCCAGCUGUGCGGGUGGCGUGCUGGUGCGGCCCGGCGUGGGCGUGGUGGCCUCGGGUCGCUGCCCCAAGGAGGCGGCGGGGCCGGCCGAGCCGGGCCAGGCCUUCGGCGAGUGCCUGGAGAGGCGGCAGGCGCUGCAGCACGCCGCGGCCUACACGGUGCCCUCCGGCCUGCCCGCCGGGCCGCCCCCGCCCCUCAGCACGGCCGCCGGCUCCUUCCCCUGCCUGCAGCUGCACGCCGGCCCCGAGGGGCUCUGCCCGCUGCAGGACAAAGUGCCCCGGGGCCUGAAGGCCAGCGGGCCCACCUUCGUGCCUUCCGUGGGACACCUGGCGGACAAGAGCCGCCCCUUCCAAGGGGCCGAGACCUGCGCCGUGGCGGGUGAGGGCAAGGACCGGCACCUGGACGGGGCCCUGGCAUCCGACCACGCCGCGCCCUACGGGGUCUCCUACGCCCACCUGAAGGCGGAGGGCAAGGGCGAGCGGCGGCCGGGGGGCUUCGAGGCGGCCCUCAACCCCCGGCUGAAGGGCCUGGAGUAUCUCCACAGCGCAGGCCCCGAGGCCCCCUUCCCCGGGCUCCCCACGGGGGCGCUGGACAAAAGCAGCUACUUCGAGUUGCCCGCCCCCGCCCAGGACUGUCCCCGGCCGGGCCACCAGGACCCCCUGGGCGGGAAGUCGCCCCAGGCCUGCUGCACUCUGGACAAGACCGCCGGCAAGGAGGCGCCCGCGGGCCCCCCCGGGGCCCAGAAGGUGGCCCGCAUCCGGCACCAGCAGCACUUGGUGGCCCCCGAGGUGGAGCCGGGGGGCGCUGGGGCCGAGUCCAAACGCAAGUCCCUGGAGCUGGCGGCGUCUCUGGGCUGCAGCGGGCCCCAGCUGCCCCCAUGGGGCGUCCGGUCGGGCCACGGCGCCGCCACGGCCGUGGGCGAGGAGCCCAAGGGCGGCGCCUACCUGGACCCCUUCAGCGGCAGCCUCCCACAGGCCGCCCUCCUGCCCCAGGACCUGCCCGCCCCGCCCGACGAGGUCUCGGCCAUGAAGAACCUGCUCAAGUACAGCAACCAGGCCCUGGUCGUCGGCCAGAAGGCGCCCUUCGUGGGCCUGGGGGGCGGCGGCGGCCUCAAGGCCAGCUGCGCCCAGCAGGAGGUGAAGUGCCCGGCCGGCAAGGCCUCGGGCCCGGCCCCCGGCGAGGCGGAGAGGCCGGACUGCGCCCGCAGCCGGGAGCACGAGGCCCCGCACGGCGACGGGGAGGUGCGGCAGCCCCCCGUGGGCAUCGCCGUGGCCCUGGCGCGGCAGAAGGACACGGUGAGCCGGCCAGAGACGGCCUACGGCUCCAAUGCCGGGCGGCAGGGCCGGGCGGCUCCCGCCUUCAAAGCCGGCGGCGGGCCCCGCGCCGCCCACACACUGGACCUGGAGGCCGAGGAGGAGCGGGCGCGCCUGUGUGAGGACCCGGGGCUGGCCGGCCGGGAGCUGCUGUUGCAGGACAACAAGGACCUCGUGGAGUUCACCCGGAUCCACCCGUCGGGCGGCUGCCCCCGAGACCUGGCCCCUCACCUCAUGAUCGCGGGCGGCUCCUCCCUGCAGAGCGGCCAGCUGGGCACGGAGCCGGCCCCCCCCCCCCACCCCGCCCACCCGCCGUGGCUGCCCCGCACCCGCAGCCCCUCCCUGUGGAUGGGGGGACAUUCCUACGGCCUCGGGCACCCCGCCCUGCACCAGAACCUGCCCCCCGGCUUCCCCGCCUCCGUGCCCGGCUCCGUGCCCCCCGUGUUCCCCCUCUCCCAGGACGCCCCCACGCAGCUGGUCAUCCUGCCCUCAGAGCCUGCGCCCCACACCGCCCCCCACUCGCUCGCUGAAGUCAUGGACCAGGCCCCGCUGUGGCCCCCCAUGUACGGGGGCCGGGGCCCCGCCUCCCACAUGCAGCACCCGGGCCAGCUCCCCAUGUACUCGCGGUCCCAGUUCCUGCGCCAGCAGGAGCUCUACGCCCUGCAGCACCCACCUCAGCACCCACCGCAGCACCCACCUCAGCACCAACAGCCGCCGCCACAGCCGCCGCAGCAGCGGGCCGCCGCCCAGUUCCAGCGGAAGCCCGAGGACCACCCCCUGGAGCUGCAGGAGCCCGCCCAGGAGAAGGCCCUGAAGUCCACCCACAAGCCAGUUGCCUUAACCCCCACGGCCAAGGGCACCCCCUCGCCGGCCACCACGGGCCCCGCCAAGCUGUCGCCCUGCUGCCACUCCCCUCCCCAGAAGCCCCCCGCCAGCUGCCCUGCGUCGCCGCUGCCGUGUCCCGCCGCCCCGUGCACUUUAUCCGGCUGCCUCGCCGGCAGCCCCGGGCUCGGCCCCCAGCCGCCCGGCACCGAGGACAGGGGUGGAGAGGGCCGGCGCGCCGGAGCCCGCCUCAGCGCGCUGGAACCGGACCUGCCUCUCGGACACGCGUGCCCCGCGGCCAGCUCGGGCUGCUUCUCCCUGCCCCCCAGCGUGCACUCGCCUGACCUCUCCGACCCCAGAACUAUGCAAACCCCGGUCCCCAGGGCCCGGCCUGAGCCAGCAAGGACGCCUGUGCCCGGGGAGCCGCCCCGCCGAGGCCCCCAGAGCCCCGAGGAGCCUGGGCUGCCCUCGGGGGCCAGGGAGGCCCCCCGGGACCAGUGCUGCCAUCCCCCGCCCUGCUGAGCAGGCCCCCCAGAGAAGACGGCGGACCCCAGCCCACUGGAGGGGCUGCAGGAACUGCGAUGUGGGGCCCUCCUCCAGGGAGGGGGCCCCGAAGCCACUGGCCUGGCUGAUUCUACUCAGGGAGGGGCCCGAGAGGAGAGGACUACGGGGGAGGGGGCGGAGCAGGGGGAGCAAGAGCCCCCGCCGGGGGCUGACGGCCGGGCCCUGGAGCGGCAGACGGGGAGCCCCCGGACCCUGGAGCGGGCCGAGCAGGGUGAAUGGCAGCCCCCCCGCGAGGUGGGGCCGGAGGAGGCGGCCAAGUUUGAGGAGCAGGAGCUGGAGGGGGAGGGGGAGAGGGACUGGGGGUUGACUGCUGGCGACAGCCACCUGCCCAGGGUGCUGCUGGGCCUGGACGCUCUGGUGGCAGCCACCAUCGACCUGGGGGACUUGCCUGGCACCGGCCCGCCUGCUCUCCCUGGGCCCCCCAGCUCAGGGACCCACGGCAUCGCCCUGCUCAGCGAGCUGGCCGACCUGGACUUCCAGCCGCAGAGGAGGGAGCCGGCCCUGCCAGAGGAGGAGGACGUGCUGACCUUCAACCUGCGGCGCCUGGCCACGCUGGCCUCGGCCUGGUCCCUGGUGGAGGCCGCCAGCCUGGACAGCCCCGCCUCCUCGGCCCGGCCCCCUGCAGCCGGCCCCUGCGGGGCGCCCCCGCUCACGCCCCGGAUGCAGAUCCUCCAGCGCAAGGACACCUGGACCCCCAAGAGCAAGCCUGUGUGCCCGCUGAAGGCCGCCAUCGACCGGCUGGACACGCAGGAGGUGGAGAUGCGCCUGCGGCUGGCCGAGCUGCAGCGGCGCUACAAGGAGAAGCAGCGGGAGCUGGCCCGCCUGCAGCGCAAACACGACCCCGAGAGGGACGAGAGCUCGCGGAGCCCGGCGCGGCGAGGGCCUGGCCGGCCGCGGAAGCGGAAGCUGUCCAGCCUGCUGCCUGCGCUGCGCCCCGGGGGCGAUGUCAAGAAAGUCAAGGCGGUGCGGCCCAGCCUGAGCCUGCUGUGCGCCGAGCUGCGGGACGGCGAGGCGCCCGCGAAGAAGCGCGGCCGCCUGGAGAAGGGCGUCUACGUGGGCCUGCAGGCCGGCGCUGCGGAGAAGGUCCGGUGCAAGCAGAGCCGCGGUCAGGGGGAGCUGGCGUCCGCAGUGGCCCACAAGGUCGCCCAGCUGAAGCCAAAGGUCAAGAGCAAGGGACUGCCCGCUGGCCUCGGCCCGUUCCCCGGGGGGCGCGUCCGGAAGAAGCUGUCCCGAGCCAAGAGCGCCAAGGUGUCUGCGACAGCUAGACACCUGCAGCCCGAGGGCGGCGGCGGCGGCGGCAGGGAGCUGACACCCAAGUUCCCGGCCGAGGUGGCCGCGGCCACGGCCCCGGAGGCAGGCAGUGGCUAUGACAGUGAGGGCUGUGAGGGCCGCCUGGGCACGGUAGCGCUCCCCGCGGAGCCCGGGCUGGCGCUGCCGGCGGGGGCCGGUGGGGCGGUGCCGGGGCCCUCGCCCUCCUCCGUGGUCAAGAUGGAAGCCAACCAGAAGGCCAAGAAGAAGCGGGAGCGGCAGGGCCUGCUAGGAGCCUGCCGCCUGUCCAGCCCGGAGAGCGAGGUCAAGAUCAAGAGGCGAACGGUCAAGGCCAAGGUGGGCACCAAGCUAGAGCGGGCCCCCGGGCGCAGGCCCCCGGGAGCGCCAGGCAAGAAGAAGGCCAAGGGCAAGGCCAAAGGCGGCCUGCGAGCAGAGCCGGGGGCCCCCCCGGGCCGGGACGCCCUCUUCAGCCCCGCGAGGGCCCUGCCCUGCCGGGAGGAGGGCAGCCAGCUGGCCAGCGAGCGCCUCAAGAGGGCCACCCGCAAGAGCUCGGUGCUGCAGCCAGGACUGCGGCGCAAGAACGGGACCCUGUCCAUCGCCCUGUCGCCCCGCAACGCCAAGGCCGUCCUGGGGAAGGGCAGGAAGGCCAGCAAGGCCGUCGGCAAGCAGGGCAAGGGCAGGGCAGUGAGCCGGCUGCUGGAGAGCUUCGCUGUGGAGGACGACUUCAAGUUUGACGACAGCAGCAGCUUCUCAGAGGAGGAGGAGGAGGAGGAGGAGGAGGCGGCUGGAGGCCCCCUGAGUUCCGAGCAGAGCGCCGCCCUGGCGCGCUCCUGCACCAUCCACAAGGAGGACCUGCAGGACGGGCUGCCCGUGCUCAUCCCCAAGGAGGACAGUCUGCUGUACGCCGGCAGCGUCAGGACCCUGCGGCCGCCCGACAUCUACAGCAUCGUCAUCGACGGGGAGAGAGGCAACCGGCAGCGCAUCUACUCGCUGGAGCAGCUGCUGCAGGAGGCGGUUCUCGAUGUCCGGCCCCAGUCCAGCAGGUUCCUCCCGCCCGGCACACGGGUCUGCGCCUACUGGAGCCAGAGGUCCCGCUGCCUGUACCCAGGCAACGUGGUCCGAGGCAACUCCAGCGACGAGGAGGAGGACCUGGACUCUGUGGUGGUGGAGUUUGACGACGGGGACACCGGCCACAUCGCCGUCUCCAACAUCAGGCUGCUGCCUCCUGACUUCAAGAUCCAGUGCACGGAGCCCUCGCCGGCCCUGCUGGUGUCCAGCAGCUGCCGCAGGACCAAGAAGGCCUCCUGCGAGGCCCCCCCGCCCAGUGAGCCCGCGGCCCCCAGCCUGUCCCCCAAGGUGCACGAAGGCUCCGACGUCUCCAAGGCCCCCGGGAGGAAGUCCAGCAGCAAAGACAAAGCCGGCAAAGCGGACCUCCUCGCCUCAGGUGCCAAGCCCCCCGUGGGGGCCUCCGACCACUUCCUGGGCCGCCGGGGCAGCCCGCUGCUGAGCUGGGCCGCCGUGGCGCAGACCAAGCGGAAGGCCGCGGCGGUGGCGGGCGGCAAGGGGCCGGGCCUGCUGCAGAACCUCUUCCAGACCAACGGCGGCGCCAAGCGGCUGCGGGCCCGCGAGGCGCUGUUCCCCGUGCACAGCGUGGCGGCGCCCGUGUUCGGGGACGGCCUCCGCGCCGCCUCCUUCAGCAGCCUGGCCAGCUCCUACGCGCCCUUCGUGGGCGGGGCCGGGCCCGGCCUGCCCGGGGGCGCCCACAGGCUGCUGCGGGCCAAGAAGGCGGAGCGGGCCGAGGCGGAGAAGGGCGGGCGGCGCCGGGCGGGCGGCGAGUUCCUGGUCAAGCUGGACCACGAGGGCGUGACCUCCCCCAAGAACAAGAACUGCAAGGCGCUGCUGGUGGGCGACAAGGACCCGGGGCCCAAGCUGGGGCGCCCCCUGCCCAGCCCCAGCUACGCGCACCCGGCCCUGCUGGGCAAGGACAGGAAGGGGCGGGCGCCCGUGCCCCCGCUGCCCGUGGGGCUGGCGCUGCGCAAGUUUGCGGGCCAGGCCGAGUACCCGCUGCCCUGUGACAGCGACUGCCACAGCUCCUACUCGGACGAGGAGGAGGACGGGCCCGGGCUGGCCCCCGGCGUGCCCUCCCGCUUCCUCGCCCGCCUGUCCGUGUCCUCCUCGUCCUCCGGCUCGUCCACCUCCUCGUCCUCGGGCUCCCUGUCCACCUCCAGCCUCUGCUCCUCCGACGACGAGGGCUCCUCCUGCAGCUCGGACGACGAGGACCCGGCCCUGCUGCUGCAGACCUGCCUCACCCACCCCGUGCCCGCCCUGCUGGCCCAGCCCGAGGCCCUGCGCUCCAAGGGCGGGGGCCCCCACCCGCACGCCCAGCGCUGCUUCCUGCCCAGGGCCGCCCUGGCGGGCGGGGGCGCGGGCCCCGGCGGCAGCGGCAAGUCCAAGCUCAAGCGCAAGGAGGCCCUGAGCUUCUCCAAAGCCAAAGAGGGUUCUCGGAGGCAGCGGCUGCCGUCCGUGGAGAACCGGCCAAAGAUCUCCGCCUUCCUGCCGGCCCGGCAGCUCUGGAAGUGGUCAGGGAGCCCGACGCAGAGGCGCGGCAUGAAGGGCAAGGCCAGGAAGCUGUUCUACAAGGCCAUCGUCCGGGGCAAGGAGACGCUGCGUGUCGGGGACUGCGCCGUGUUCCUGUCCGCCGGCCGCCCCAACCUGCCCUACAUCGGCCGCAUCGAGAGCCUGUGGGAGUCGUGGGGCAGCAACAUGGUGGUGAAGGUCAAGUGGUUCUACCACCCCGAGGAGACCAAGCUGGGGAAGCGCCACAGCGACGGGAAGAACGCCCUGUACCAGUCGUGCCACGAGGACGAGAACGACGUGCAGACCAUCUCCCACAAGUGCCAGGUCGUGGGGCGCGAGCAGUACGAGCGGAUGACGCAGAGCCGCCCGCGCCAGGACCGGAGGGACCUCUACUACCUGGCGGGCACCUACGACCCCGCCACGGGGCGCCUGGUGACGGCCGACGGCGUGCCCAUCCUGUGCUGAGCCUGCGCCUGCCCCGCGGUGUCCGCGGCGCCCCGGGCGCAGAGGCGGGGGACUCAGAUGGGCGGCGCCGGCCCCGCCCCGCUGAGCGGGAAGAGGAGCGAGGGAGCCAGGGAGCGAGCAAAUAUGCAAACCCACCGAGGCGAGAUCCAGGCUUUUUGUCACUGUCCCUGGAAAGAGAGAGUUCCUGGGCGCCAGACCCCAGCCCCGCCCGCCGCGGCGGCCACUGUGCCCCCGGGCCCCCUGCCCUGGGCGCUCUGCUCCCCCAUCGGCGCGUCCCGAGAGAUUAGAAUCCAAGCCAUAUUUCCCCAGUACCUCCGACUGUCCCCCACCAGGGAGAGCAGAAAUCAGGUGUGUUGUCUAUUUAUUUCUCCAUGUAAAUAGUGUACUACUUCGGGGAAGUUUUAUGGAAAAAAA